AUGUCUACCGUCCGCCGCCGUCGCCCCUCAACCACAGAAUCUAUCCUCACCACCCUGCAAACGCUCGAAAAGAAGGCUGAAUCCAAAUUCCUCCUUCUCUGGGACGACCUGCCCGCAUGGCGUCGCGAUAACGCCUUCAUUCGCUCUGGGUACCGCCAAAUCCGCGCUUCCUACUUCCACUCUUUUCAGUCGCUGUUCUAUCUGCACAAUGAGUCUGUCAAUAUCUGGUCUCACCUCCUGGGAGCGAUGGCCGCCAUCGUAGCGUCCGCAUACGUGUACUACGUCGUUCAUCCUCGCUACGAAGAAGCUACCUCCUCGGAUGUACUUGUCUUUUCUUGCUUCUUUGGCGGAGCCAUUCUGUGUCUGGGAAUGAGCGCAACGUUUCACGCCCUUGUAGAUCAUAGUGAGGCAGUCGCCAAAUGGGGCAACAAGUUGGAUUAUACGGGUAUUGUAGCCCUGAUUGUAGGGAGUUAUGUGCCGGCUUUGUACUAUGGAUUUUUUUGCCGUCCUACUUUGAUGUCGGCAUAUUUGUACUUGAUUUGUACAUUGGGUAUCGGCUGUGCUACAGUAUCCUGGGUAGAGCGCUUUCGCACACCCAAAUGGCGCCCAUAUAGAGCGUCCAUGUUUAUCGGCUUGGGCCUGUCGGGAGUGAUUCCUGUUAUCCAUGGAGUGUCGAUAUAUGGCUAUGCCGGGCUGGAAGCUCGCAUGAGUAUUAGCUGGAUUAUCGCCCAAGGAGCCAUGUACAUUUUCGGCGCGGUUUUAUACGCACUGACCAUGUCGCAAGGUCCGCUGGCCCGAGAGGAGUUUCCCCGGAUCCUUUGA